AUGACUGAAGAUUCACCAGAAAUUCUUCUAUAAUCUGACUUUUCUAAUGCUAAUACUAAUGAUGGUAUUCAUUCAGAUCAACUUCAAUACUCUUAAGGAAACUUUGAUGUGAAGAAGUCUGCUCUGAAUUAUAAAAAGGACUCAAAGUCUAACAACAAUAUGACAAAAAACAUAAUUAAGCAAUACUUUAAAUUCCUAAUAAACAAAAAGAAUUCUGACUUAGUUUCAGAUUUUAUAACUAACAAACCAAUAAAAUAUUCAAUAAAAUUGAUCAAAAAGUAUUUUGACAAAAUUAAUUAUAAUAACUACACUUUAAUAAAGAUUAUAAAACACGAAAACUAUGGAAAAGGGUUCGAAUAUUUUUUAACCUUUGAAGUAUUAGAUGGCCUAGCAAAGAGCAGAGUAUAAAAUGUUGAUGAAUACUCUGAACUUAUUAAUUAUUUAAAAGAAUGUUGCAGUGAUCAUGGUAAAAUUAAUGACAUUCACUACUAUAAAAAAGGAAAACCAUUUUACUGA